AUGCGGAACCCAUCUACCGAAGAAAUCAAGUUCAUUCCUCCUAGUCUUAUUGAGUUUAUACCUUACCACAAUGUUAGGCCUAUUAUUUAUGGAUUUGGUCACGACAAUGUUAUGGAUGACUAUAAAGUAAUUCGACAUGUAGUAUUUGAUGAGCUAACUUACAUGGAUUGUGAAGAUCUUGAUUUGGACUCUAACGAUGUACCUUGGGACGAUAUAUCCUAUGAACCAUUGUCCGCGAUAUAUAGCCUCAGAAGCAACUCUUGGAGGAAAAUCAAAAUUGACGUUUCUUUGAAGUAUCCUUAUCCGAUUGUCCAAUUCUACAAUGAUGGAAUGUGUAAUUGGUGGUAUGCAAGUGAUAUGUACCUUCCAGAGACAUGUUUGAUGUCAUUUGACAUGAGUAACGAAGUGCUUUUUAAAACACUCGUCCCCUUAGACAAAGAUUAUAAUAUUGAUCUUAAUUGGGUAUAG